AUGUCAGAAUCUUCAACUAAAGCUCAACAACCCAUCUACUUCUGGAGAGAAACAGAUCCUAAAACAGGCUGGCUCUCACAAUGGUACUACUGCCCCUUCAAAGAUGACAAAAACCCAGCCAUCGUCUAUGAAACCGCCGAACAUUACAUGAUGUAUCAAAAAGCAAUGCUCUUCGGCGACCAAGCCUCAGCAACAAAAAUCCUCAAACGAGGUCUUCACCCUCGCAAAAUCAAGGCCCUCGGCCGUAAAGUCACAAACUUUUCUGAAGAAACUUGGAAUGCCAACCGCGAAGCCAUUGUGCGACAAGGGAAUUAUCUCAAAUUCACCAAUGCAGUAACAGAAGAGGGGUUCUGCCUCGGCGCGACGGGCGAUAUUCCGCUUGUUGGAGGCUCCUUGAAGGAGACGUUGCUGGCGACGCACGAGAGGGAGCUUGUGGAGGCCAGUCCGUUUGAUGCCAUAUGGGGGGUUGGUUUCAAGGAGGCGGAUGCUGAGAUAAGUAGAGAGUAUUGGGGGCUUAAUCUGUUGGGCAAGGCAUUGAUGGAGGUGAGGGACAUGCUGAAAGAUGAGAAUCAGGAGAGUCAUGAUUAA